AUGAUAUCAGUUGAAGAUAAUAUAGGAGAAAUGGAUAAUAAUGGUUAUACUCCACUCAUUAUGGCAUCAUUUGGAGGUCAUCUUGAAGUUGUUAAAUAUCUUAUUACUGUUGAAGCUGAUAGAGAAGCAAAGGAUAACAAUGACAAUACUCCACUGUUAAAAGAAUUAGAAAAUGGCCAACUUAAAGUUGUUAAGUUUCUUAUCGCAGUUGGAGCUGAUAAAGAAGCAAAGAAUAAUCAAGGAAGAACUGCAUGGGAUGUUGCAACAAGUGAUGUAAGAAAAUAUAUGACUUCUAUCAGAACAUAA